AAUUCGAAAUAGAACAAACAUCACUCACGCUCUUUCUAUCUCACUUGCCCUUUUUUUUUCCUCUCAAAUUCAGGCUUCGACGUUUCCAAUCUCUCCCUCUCUCUCCCACCCCCUCGCCGUUGAUUUGCCGAAACCCUAACUUAUCUCGCCGGUGAUACGAAUCCACCGAUGACCGUACGGUUAGCGAGAGUUCAGAAUUGAGCGGGCCUGGAUUCGUUCGCCGGAUGGGGAGGGAGGUAGCGUCUCUAGACUCUACUUGUUAUGGAGCUGGGAGAACUUACUAGUAGUGGCUUUGAAUGCUAUAUAUGUACCACAUGUCAAUCGUGGAAUUCGAAGAUAUAAUCUGCCAAUUACUUUCUUCCUCGUCCUAAAUGGGAAUGGCAACAAUUUAACCUUAUCUGGCAGCUACCAGCUGGAAAUUAGCUGGGCACCAGAACAGAAGGUAUCUGCUCCGGCCAAUACUACCUCGUUUGUCAGCUCCUAUUUUAUAGCUUGCUUGAGAGUCCAUUUCAGAUUCGUAUAUUAAACUCCCAACUCUUCCCCCGAUUACCACAUUGUCAUUAAGCAAAACACAUUCAAAACUCAAAAGAUGCUCACCAUCUCAGACGAUAGACUCUUCCACAAUUGCCUCCUCACUCUCUACCUCAUUGCACCACCCACCUUCAUCUCCCUACGUUACAUCCAAGCCCCUUAUGGCAAGCACCACCGCUCGGGGUGGGGCCCCACCAUCUCCCCGGCCCUUGCUUGGUUCCUCAUGGAAAGCCCCACUCUUUGGCUCACGCUCUUGAUUUUCCCAUUUGGCAAAAACUCCUCCAACCCCAGAUCCCUCAUUCUCAUAUCCCCUUUCCUCUUUCACUACUUCCACCGAACCAUCAUAUAUCCGCUACGCAUCAGAUCAAGCAGUGGACAGAGAAGUACUCAACCAAAUGCUGGGAAUCGUUUUCCGGUCACUGUGGCUCUCAUGGGAUUUGGGUUCAAUGUCUUGAAUGCUUACGUGCAAGCCAGGUGGGUGUCCAAUUACGAGAGUGAUGGUGCUGCCGGUGGGUGGUGGUUUUGGGGGAGAUUUUUGGUGGGGUUGGUGAUAUUUGUUAGUGGGAUGUGGAUGAACGUGUGGUCGGACAUUGUGUUGGUGGGGUUCAAGAGGGAAGGCAAAGGGUAUAGAGUGCCAAGAGGAGGGUUGUUCGAGUAUGUGAGCUGUCCCAAUUAUUUCGGAGAGAUUGUGGAGUGGCUGGGAUGGGCUGUGAUGACAUGGUCCUGGGGCGGGUUCGGGUUCUUCCUCUACACGUGCGCCAACUUGGUGCCUCGGGCUCGUGGAAACCACAGGUGGUAUUUGGAUAAGUUUGGGGAGGAGUACCCAAAGAGUAGGCAAGCUGUCAUUCCAUUCUUGUAUUGAUCAAUUCACAGGGUUGCUUGCAAACAGGGAAAUGAGAGAUAUGGAUGAAACUGUCAAGUCAUUUGUAUCCAACGUUUCUUCUUGCUAGAGCUUUUCCAAGAAUGAUUUGUAAUCCGCCUAAAUAAGGGAGUCAAUAAUGAUCAGUGGAUAUUGCUUCUU